AUGAAAGUUCUCAAUGAACAAAAUUCCUUCAGAAAGCCUCUUUCUGAGGAAAAGAAAGCAAAAUGGUCAACCUGGCCAUCGACACUUGCAGCCUCAACUCACAGAAGCAUCCAAAUGGCCAAACUCAAAACACAACUCAAGGUCGAUGCCUUCCGAGAAACACAACCAAAGGAAAUCCUGAUUCCUCCUCCAUUCAUCAUUUCUAUCAAUGAAGGCACUCCCAUGGAAAAAAUGAUGAUUUUCCUGCCACGAAAUUGGUCAUACCAAUUUCCGAAGUAA